CUCGCAGCCACCUACGCAGCCCAGAAACCCCAGCCCUGCCCGGUCCUGGGGCCGGAACACGCAGCACCAGCGAGGCCACCGGGACGGUGCAGCGCCUGCCAUGGCCCCGCUGGGCGAGGAGACCCCGCUGAUCGGGGAGCGCUCGUGCAGCCUCUCCUCCACCGAGCCCGGCACGCUGCAGGUGUACCUCUACCACCGGGCGCCCACCCCCCGCGCCCCCCCCGACUCCGCCGGCGUCCUCACCUUCACCUUCGGCGAGUACACGGCCGAGGAGCUGUGCGUCCACGCCGCCAAAGCCUGCGGCGUGCUGCCCGUCUGCCACCCGCUCUUCGCCCUGGCCACCGAGGACCUGAGCUGCUGGUACCCCCCCAACCACCUCUUCACCGUCGAGGAUGCCCGCAGCCAGGUCGUGGUGUACAGGAUCAGGUUCUUCUUCCCCAACUGGUGCGGACUGGGGCAGUCGCACCGCUUCCAGCUGCUGAGUGACCGGGCCAGCCCCGUGCUGGACUACCCCGUCAUCGAUUACCUGUUUGCCCAGUCCCGCAGCGACUUCAUCGGGGGCCGCGUGGAGGUGGCGCUGAGCCUGCCGAGGCAGGAGCAGUGCCUGAGCCUGGCCGUGCUGGACAUGCUGCGCAUCGCCAAGGAGAAGCGGCAGAGCCCCGACGAGGUCUUCAGCUGCGUCAGCUACAAGUCGUGCAUCCCCGAGCCGCUGCGGUGCCAGAUCCAGCAGCACAGCUUCCUCACCCGCAAGCGCAUCCGCCGCCGCUUCAGCAAGUCCCUGCGCAGGAUCGGGGGGUGCCAGGCGGACGGGCGCCACCUGAAGCUCAAAUACCUGCUGGACCUGGAGCGGCUGCAGCGGCGCUGGGCCGAGGAGAGCUUCGCCGUGCGCGGCCCCGACGCCAACAUCACCAUCCACGUGGCCGGCGAGAACGGCGUCUCCUGGAGCUGCGGCAGCUCCGAGAGCCGCCAGCACUUUUGUGACUUCCCCGACAUCGCCGACGUCAGCAUCAAGCAGGCGAGCCGGGACGGCAGCCCCGUGGAGAACCGCAUCGUCACCCUCACCAAGACGGACAACAGGGUGCUGGAGGUGGAGUUCCCCACGCUGCGGGAAGCUCGCUCCUUCGUGGCGCUCAUCGACGGCUACUACCGCCUGACGGCGGACGCCCACCACUACUUCUGCAAGGAGGUGGCCCCCCCCCGCCUGCUGGAGGACGUGGAGAACCAGUGCCACGGGCCCAUCAGCUCCGAGUUCGCCGUGCACAAGCUGAAGGCAGCGGGGGGCCGCCCGGGGCUGUUCCUGCUGCGCCGCAGCCCCCAGGACUUCGACAGCUACCUGCUGACGGUGUGCGCUG